AUGCGCGUCCUCGCAUCGCCGCUGCUGCGCGUCGCCUUCCUCUCUUUCGCCUCCGCCACACGCGCUCAAACCCACUGCCACGUCAGCAGCGCUCCCUUCAACCUCCUUGCAACCCUUGCGUGUCCCCCCGCGCGCCACUCAGCGAACGGAUUCCCCACCGCAUUCCCCGCCGGGUUCCACGGCACGUCCGUGCUGGCGUCGUCGGCCUCUCCACCGUCACCUCCUGCCGAGGAGUCUGCGGCGCGCAAACGAGCCAAGAUGGCGGCAGCGGGAGACGCGGCGGCAGAUGCGGCGGUGAGCGCGGGGAACGGCGAGCAGGCGGGAGCCCCGCGGAAGCGCAUCGGGACGCACAACGGCACGUUCCAUUGCGACGAGGCGAUGGGGUGCUUCCUGCUGCGCCGCACGCUCAAGUUCCGCGACGCCGAUGUGAUCCGCACCAGGGACGAAAAGGAGGUUAUUCGCACGCUGCGGCGCCCUUUUCAUCCCUUCGUGUACUGUGCGGGCGGAGGUGUGUGCAGUGACGGGCGCGGCCCCAUGGGCACUUCCGCCAGCACCUGCCACUGCGCGGUGAUGGGCGUGUUGGCGGAGCUGGACGUGGUGAUCGAUGUGGGGGGGGCGUACGACCCCUCAACGGACCGCUUCCCCCGUCUUCCCCCCUUUCCCCACCUUCCCCUCUUCCCCCCUUUCCCCACCUUCCCCUCUUUCCCCCUUUCCCCACCUUCCCCUCUUUCCCCCUUUCCCCACCUUCCCCUCUUUCCCCCCUUUCCCCACCUUCCCCUCUUUCCCCCCUUUCCCCACCUCUCCCCCCUUUCCCCACCUCUCCCCCCUUUCUCCACCUUCCCCUGUUUCCCCCCCCCCUUCCCCACCUUCCCCUGUUUCCCCCCCUUCCCCACCCACCUUCCCCCCUUUCCCGCUUCCCCACCUUCCCUCCCGUCCCCCCCUUCCUCACCUUCCUCCUGUGGUGCGCUGCUGCAGGUGCUGGCGGAGCUGGACGCGGUGAUCGACGUGGGCGGCGUGUACAACCCCGCCACGGACCGCUACGACCACCACCAGCGCGGCUUCUCCGAGGUGUUGGGCCACGGCUUCUCCACCAAGCUCAGCAGCGCGGGCCUCGUGUACAAGGUGGGGGGUGGGGGGGGGGAGAAGACGGGGAGAUUUGUGUGA